AUGUUUUUCCACAUAGUGCUGGAACGAAACAUGCAACUGCACCCUCGUUACUUUGGUCGUAACCUUCGCGAAAAUCUUGUUUCCAAGCUGAUGAAAGACGUCGAAGGCACUUGCAGUGGUCGACAUGGAUUUGUGGUGGCGGUUACAGGGAUUGAAAACAUUGGGAAAGGGAUAAUUCGUGAUGGGACAGGGUUUGUGACAUUUCCGGUUAAGUACCAAUGUGUUGUCUUCAGACCAUUUAAGGGAGAGAUCUUAGAAGCUGUUGUUACCAUGGUUAACAAGAUGGGAUUUUUCGCUGAAGCUGGACCAGUUCAAAUCUUUGUUUCAAACCAUUUGAUUCCAGAUGAUAUGGAAUUCCAAUCUGGAGACAUGCCAAACUACACUACUUCAGAUGGAUCAGUUAAGAUCCAGAAAGAUAGUGAAGUGAGACUAAAGAUAAUUGGGACUAGAGUGGACGCUACCGAAAUUUUCUGUAUAGGUACCAUAAAAGAUGAUUUCUUGGGUGUGAUCAACGAUCCUACAACAGUUUAA